CACUGGAUCCCUGGUCCGGCAGUACCAUGGCGGCCUACAUGACAUCGUCUGCUCUGGCCAAAACAAUCCUGCAAAACGAGAGAUACGCCCACUCCCUACUCAGACACAACAUCCAGAGGAACAUCCAGCAGAGGAGGAAAACCAGAGCAACAUUUCCUGCGAGUCUGCCGGCGCUGUCGUGCCUUCAUCCCUCGCAAAAGGACGUCCGGAGUUUAUCUUGGCGAGAAUACCAUUCCUGGAGAGAGCCGCGGAAUAUCCUGUCGAAAGCUCUCUUCGGCCGCUCUUUUCUGAGUCCUCUUCGCCUCGGCCACCAGUUCCUCAGUCACGAGGCUCGAGAGGGAGUCAGCCUUUGGAGGAAUGCGUGUAUCAAGCACCCAUGCCAAGUAAGGUGCUUGCAGACGGGCGACGCAAGCAGAGAGGCCGGGGAGGCGAGGGAGCAAAGUCCGGUGCGUGCAGAAGGGCCAGUAGCAACAUGGGAGGCUGUAAGGGAGAAGAAGAACCAGUUCAAAGAAGCUGGCCAGGACCUGUUAGAUGACAUCAAAGAGAAGAAAGCAAAAGUCAAGGAAAGGAUGGAUGCUAUUAUUGAGCGUGAAAAUAUAUGGACCAUCCCAAACCUCCUCUGUGUCAGCCGCAUUGCCUUUUCGCCAUACUUGUGUCACUUAGUCCUCUCAGCCGAUUACAACUGGGCUCUUGGACUGUUCAUGUUUGCAGGGUUUACGGAUUUGCUGGACGGAUGGAUUGCCCGUACCUUCCCAAGCCAGGCCUCGCGUCUUGGGAGCUUCCUGGACCCCCUCGCGGACAAGGUCUUGGUUGCCAUGCUCUUCCUCUCCCUUACUUAUGUCGGUCUUAUUCCAUUGCCACUGACUGGACUGAUUAUCUACCGUGAUGUACUCAUUAUUGGUGGUGCUUCCUAUGUGCGGUACAAAAGUCUGCCACCUCCGAAAACCAUCUCUCGUUACUUUGAUGCAACCCAUGCCACGGCCCAGCUGGCUCCAACGACCAUAAGCAAAGUUAACACUGCCAUUCAGCUGGGUCUUAUUACUGCCUCCCUUGCUGCUCCAGUCUUCUCCUUCACAGACCACUACCUUCUGACUGCCCUCUGUUGGGUGACUGCAGGAACCACUCUAAGUUCAGGCAUUAGUUACAUCUUCUCAAGGAAUACGUACAAGAUCCUAGAAAAAAUGAAAGAAGACUCCAAACAGUGAAUAAACUAUGGCAACUUUUAUUCUGUUCAUUGCAAACUGAUGUACUCAGUACUGUAUACAUUGCUUACUGGUUAUAUUAAUUGAGUGCAGGUUAUUCCAACUCAUAUUUUUCUCUGAAUCAUUUUCAGUAUAGUCAACUGUUUAUUGUUGUAUUCAAUAUUGUGUUCCCAAGUACUUUUGAGGAUUUCCGUUUGAUAAUAACUUUGCAAAUGUUUCAGUACAUACAUUUUUUUCCUUCUGUAUUUUUUUCUUCUUCUUCAUUCUUUCUUUUAUCAUAUUGAUAUGAAUAUGAAUGUAGUUAUUGUCUUUCGCUAUUGUAGCCUGUUUACAUUUAGUUGUCAAGGCUUUAUCAAAAACUGAGGAGUAUACAAUGUCUUUGAUGAUUUGACCAUUUUAUAUUGGCUUUUGCAUCAUUUAUUUGUACAUCUAUGUGUCAGAUAAGGUUGAAAGGUCUAUAUUUUUACAAAAUGGCAUAAUGGUAUAUUUUUUACAAACUAGCAAAGAGAGAAUGAAACAUAAUAUAAUUUCAGAGAUGGCAUCCUCUUUUUGAUAGAAUUUGGAAGUGUAUGGUAUGAACUCUUUUUGUUAAAUUUGUUCCUGUUUGAUUUCUAUUGUGUUUUGUUUAUAUUUUUAUUUUAUUCUGUUCUUAUUUGCCUUAUUUGAGUUUAAAGCUUGUAAAAAAUGUGAAUAAAAGAAGUAUGAAUAUAAAGCUAUCUUUUUAGUGCUUAUGCAAGUUUAUUUGUCUGUUGACGUAGUUUUGAUACAUGGAAAUCUUAUUUUGUUGAAAAUAGAUAUCCAGUCAAAUACAUUUAAUUGAAUGCAACCAAACACACAAUAGCAUAUGGGAAUGCAUAAUCACAUACGUUCUUAAAUUCACUUACAGUUUAGUUCUGUGAUAAGUAAUGUGCAUUGUAGUUUGUGCAACAUUUGGAUAGAACUUCUGCCUAUUUCUCCUUCAGAUUUUGCUAGUGCAGUUCAGAAAUAGACUCAGUGCUAAUAAGGUUUACAAACACACACACACACACACACACACACACACACACACACACACACACACACACACACACACACACUCUCUCUCUCUCUCUCUCUCUCUCUCUCUCUCUCUCUCUCUCUCUCUCUCUCUCUCUCUCUCUCUCUCUCUCUCUCUCUCUCUCUCUCUCUUUAUGCAUGUUAAUGCCUGGUAAGUUAACUAUUGUUGAUUUCAGCCACACUAAGCGUGCCAUACAGAAGUCGCAUUGAAACUGUCUAGGUCUGUGGUCCUUCACCUGGGGAGUUGUCAGCAAUUUCCAAGGGGUGCAAGCCCUUGAAAAAAAAAAAAAAUCUCUAAUUAUAUUUGUUAUUCUCUUAAUAAGAGCAUGAUCAAAUAAUGAGAAAUAUAAUAAUAAAGUGACUAAUUCAGAUUUCACUGGUAUACAAUGUUAAAUAUUCUUGAUGGAUUCCAGGUCAGAAUUUUAUGAAUAUUCUGAUUUCUUGAUCAGAUUAAUACAUUUUAUCUUUGCUGACUAAAGCAUUACUACUGUUUUAGAUAAAUGCAUUUCCAAGUUUA